UACAUACUUUACUAAGAAUUUUUUUGUUUAAUUCUAAUAUCUUUACUUCAUGUUAUAAAAAUAAAAGCCAAGACAUGGUGAGGCUGCCAGUUGCUUUUUUGUGCAUUGGAUACAUUCUGUUAACUCUUGCAGACAAUGGUGAUUUUGACUUAAAAGAUGCUCUUGACCCAAAUGAUAAGAAGCCUUCUGAAGCAACCAAAAAGCCACCAGGGGGUAACAAACCCCGACCUCUCUUAUAUCCUGACCUUAGACCAUAUUCAGAUAAUCAUGGAAAUGGCGGUGCCUUUAAUGACCUAGAUCUCAAUGAUGGGAAAUCUUUACCUCCACGCCCAGCAGGCGAGAGAGAGCAAACUUCAGAUCAGGGUGGAAAUACAGUUGACUCUGCUACGACAGCUCAGAUUACAUCUCCUGUUGUUGCUAUAGCUGUGAUGCUGACCUUUGGGGCCAUAGCUGGCUAUACUGCUUAUAAGCAGAAAAGAUACUGUUUUAAACCAAGAGAUGGAGCAGUUGCCUAAACCACUCAAAAAUGAUCCAAGAAAUAUUGAGUUCCACAAAAUCAUCAACAAAUGAACGAACUGCAUACUGUAAUAUCUAUGAUGCUGUUGCUAAGAUUUUAUGUAAUGUGGCAUUUUGUUUUUGUGUAUAAAAACUAAAGAACAAACUUUCAAAACAAGAGAUUGGUUAAUGAUACACACUGCUUCUACAGUGUAUAAAUUGUAAACACACACUUUGUAUGAUUUUUUUUUCAGUUCAUACAGUUUAGAAACAUUUUAUGUUCUGUUUAUUUAAGAUCAUUGGAUCCAAAUGAUCAGAAUCUCAAUUUCACUCUUAGUAUACAGACAUUGGUUUAUAGUUAAGGCUCUUUAUGUACCCUUUUUCAGAUCUUCAGGACUACUUAAAAAUCUAUGGGGUGAUAGUUGCACUGAAAUGUUGAAAGAUGCACAUCAUGUCCUUUCUCUAAUUUAGUUAUACUGCAUCAAUGUUCAGGGAAACAU